AUGACUACCUACGAGGCCGUGCCCAAUACAGAUGGCCAAAUUCUUAUACCCGUCAGGAAGAAGCAACCAGUUCUUCCUCAGCCUAAUAUUCCUCGCACUAACCCCCCAUCACAACGACCACAGGGCAAAAGAAUAUCUAUUCGAAGAUUUGGAAAUCAAGCACGACCACAAUCACCGCCGUUUCAAAGACCUGUUUACAGAUCCAGGAUUCGGACACCGGGAGCUUUGCGACCAGAACAAAGCCAAACCUCAAAACAUAAUGCAAGUAAAGGACUCGAAGUCCGAAAAUCAGUCAAUAGAAGAGUUGAAGCUUUUGAUUGUUCUGAUCGUCAUCUGCAAGAUUCUAACACCGGUACCUUGGGCUCUCAUGCCUCGAAUCAGAGUAUCAUGGUAAACGGUUCAAACUCUGUGAGGCCGAAGGAGGACCCGUUAAUAAGAGCAAAGAACGAUAAACAUGCCAAUAUAAUGAGUCUUUCAUACAUCAUGGAGCAGCAGCCCAGUGCGCAAAAGUUCCAGUCCGCUUCCGACGAAAUAGAGGAGAGAGUCAUCGACUUGACUGCGUCUUCCCAGAGCGAAGAAGAAUACGAAUCUGAAGACGAAGGCCAGGAAGAAAUGUCACCCUUGAUCAGGAAUAAUUCAUACAAUCACGGCAUCCCUAAUAUUGCAAAAUCCCGUCAUUAUAUUCUCAAUCAAACCAACGCUGCCUCUUUACAAGAUUCUUUGCUCAAUACACCCGUGAAAGUUGAGGACAUUGAACAAGCUGUCAGAAGUUUUGGAUUCGGUGGUGACACAGGAAGAUCAAGUACGACACAAUUCAGGGCGGGACACAGAUUACCACCGAUCAAAGAAAGAGGCGCGGGGUAUUCUCAGUAUCAUCCAAACUACAUGGCUUCAUCACCCUUGACUUUGCCUCGGCCUAUUCCAAGGACCACAGCACCGCCCGAUCUCAGUACAUUGGAACAUACGGCUAUAACUACACUUGCUAGUCUCAAUCGUUUUUUCGACUCGAAAAAGCUGUAUUCUAGUGCUACUACUUCAACUCCAAACCCGUAUUCACCAGCGCCAACCAACGAAAGUGACCAAACUCACAGUCACAGUCUAAAACGCCCCUCGUCUCAUAUCUCCACCCAUUUCCCCACAGAGAUUCACCAGUCUACGUUACCUGCAUCACCAGAAAUGACUGGGCUCGAUCCAACGAAAAAGAGAAUACGCAUAAGCUCUAUUCUGAAUCCAACAUCUCCUCCUCCAGCGUCCACUUCAUCAACGUCACAAAAUCAAUACACAGGCUCUCGCCGUGGCGACACUUCAUUCACUCGCGAUUUAAGUGAGCUCGCUAGCGAUUUCGAGAAUGAUACCCUGAUGCCAUCUCUGCCUUCUGACGCCUAUCCAUCUCCUCCUAAAUCGGCAUCAUUGUCAUCAUCCAUUCCUCCCACGACUAACCCACGCCCUCUCGUUCCCCGAGAUACAAGUCCAAACAUCUUACUCCCCAAGAAAUUCACCGAUCCACAAUCUCACCUUGAUUCAUCCAGUGACCGUGCCUACAGAUCUCCUGCACCCUCACCACCAUCGCUACCUCAAUCUGAAAUUCAUACUCCAGCUCUUACUGGGUCAGCUCCGAGGUCUCUAGAUCCAAUGAGUACUGAUAUUAGAAAGCCAAAUCCAACUCCACAAUCUCAACUCCUAUUCUUUGGCCAUCAAGCCUACUCACCUCUACCUGCACGAGCCUCACCUAUCACUCGCUCAUCUUCACCUCCAUGCUCGUCCUCACCCUCAUCCACAUCUCCAUCCGCAUCUACCAAACCCGAUUCAAAAUCACUCCCACGCAAAAACUUCGCCUACAGAGCAUGGAAAAUGCGUCCUUCUCGCUCUAUAGUCACUGGUCUCUCUGAUUCAAACCCCCCACAAUACUUAGUCGUGAUCCGGAAUGACGAUCGUUCAAAGACCAUUCCAAGUUCGGAUGCCUUGGAUACAAAUGGCAAUACGGGUAAAUGGUGGAGUGUACUUGCGGUAAAAGAGGGUUUGGACGAUAUUAGGAAGAUUUUCGAAUAA